CCCGUUCGGAGCUGUGAGAUCAAAGGGGUAGGAACAAGGGAAAACAAACAAGAGAGAGAGAUGAAAAGGGGGUCUGGGAACCUUUGAGCAAAGAGUUGUAAAACCGCAGAGUACAAUACUGAUACUCUGUGUCUGUCUGUCUUACUUAUUGUUUCCCUCCAAAAACAACAAAAGCCAACCAGCCAGCACUCAGGUCCCCUUUUUCUCUCCCUCUCCUUUACUGUCACCAACCCGCCAUUUGCUAAAUAUCGCUGUGUCGAUUUCUUUCACCACCUCCUCUUACUGAGAACUCCUAUUUACUUUCUUUGCCCCUUUUCCAAAGUCUGUUCACUCCUCACUCACUCAUAAACCCCUCUAUAAACCCCCCCCCCCCACCCUCCUUUCCUCCCAGCGGUUUUGGUCUCCUGCUUUCUUAUAUUCUUUUGAUAGCAAAACCAACCAAUCCCUUUUCUUCUUGAUGCUCGGGAAGAAGAUUUCCCUGCAUAGUUCAUGGAAAUAGGCAUCAGCCCUCAAUCUCCAAUGUAUUCUCGACAAAGAGUCAAGUUUUCAGAACAUGUUGUUACCACAAACAAGCCCAUAGACGACCGGAGAUCACUCACCCCCUCCGGCCAGUCUUUGACCGUCGUCCGGCAAAAAGUUGUGAGAAUCAUAUACACCGACGCCGACGCCACCGACUCCUCCGAUGACGAAGAGGAAACUAGGAACGUGCGGAGAGUAAAGAGACACGUGGAGGAAAUUAACUUUGGCCCACCUCCUAAAACAACAAAAAUCGAGCAGCAGAGGAAUGGGAAGAGAAGUCUUCAGAGUUUGACUCCGCCGGCGGAACCUGACGUCAGCAGCCGGAAGAAGUUCAGGGGCGUGCGUCAAAGGCCGUGGGGUCGUUGGGCGGCUGAGAUCCGGGAUCCGAAGUGGAAGAAACGGGUAUGGCUUGGGACUUACGAUACUCCAGAAGAAGCGGCUUCCGCUUAUGAUAGAGCCGCCGUUAAGCUGAAAGGCCCUGACGCCGUUACCAACUUUCCCGUAGAAUCCAUAAAGGGAACGGUCGGUGGGACGUGUCAGAGCGAGAAAAGUAGUGAAAGCGCCACGUCAGAAGAUGUCGCUUUGUCGCCCACGUCAGUGCUCCGUUAUGAUGAUACGACUAGUCAAACGGAGACAGAGGUUUCGGUUGGAAUUGGAACUAGCGACGCCGUUUCAUCAGCCACUUCGGUUCUCCGUUGCUGCGACGGCUUGACGCCGUUUGCUAAUUUCCCCUUCCCGGAGUUUGACGACCUGGGCUUGGGCGCUGACUUCCCGUUAAGUUGGCCGCCGAUGGAACCGUCAGGGAAAAAUUACGCCGAGGAAUUCGGCGAGUUUGACUUCGAUGAUUUCCUGGUUGAAGUCAGAUAAGAUAUUCAUUAUCCAAACUUUAGUGCGCUCUCUGGUGGACUGUUUGGUCAUGUAAAAGAGAAAAAAAGGAAUGUGGUGCCUAAUUGUGUAAUUAGAUGCAAAUUAGUGGGUUUUUUUUUUUUUCAAAAAAAAAUUUCGUUGGGUCAUUGUUAAGUUGGCAUAUAUAUAUAUAUAUAUAUAUAUUGGCGGGAAUACGGAGUGUUUAUACUUCAUAGUAGCGUGAGAAAGCGUACGUGUCUGUGUGAGAGUCAUCCACCAGCCUUGAAAGACGGCAAUUUUGUUAGAGGUGCUUAUAAAGUAUUUAAGUUUUUUGUCCCAUGUCAGAGAUAUUUGUGGUGUUGUUUA